AUGUCAACACCAAUUGGUUCUCGCAGUCGUACGCAUAGCAUCCGAAGGGAGUCUGCUGCAUCUUUACCACAGAGUACUACGUGUAGUAGUGAUAGUACCAGUCCCCCACGCGCGGUGCCUACAGACGGAACUGUGAUGUGGUCGGGGAGUGACAGAACUGUGAUAGGUAAUGAAGUUGCUGUUGGAGAUGUAAGUGCUUGUAGUGGUGACAGUUGUAAAAAAAGCGGUGGGGAUCGUUCUUUUGCCUCAUACGCCAGCGGCACCAGUUACGUUGACUGCUCGGGGAUUGGCGCUGUUGCAAAACGAUCUUGCGUGGAGGAGGAGGCUUUCCAACGCGGCCGGAUUUACCUUCAGCAACUAGAAUCGUGGAAGAACCUCCGUGUGCAGGCCCUGCAAGAACAACCGGGGAGUCUCGCCUGUAGCCGUUCCGCUUCACUGCGGAGCCUCAGUACUGCGACACGGCAAGAGGUCGUGCUUUUUAGCCCACCUCGACGGCAGCGUCAGCAACAACUCCUCUCAACAAGUCCCCAACUGCAGCAGGAGGCCACAUCACCACAGCCACAACCACAGCCGCAACUGUCACCACCGCCGUCACCGGCUAAACAAGCGCAACCCCAGCUAGCGCGGCCACAAUUGCAGCAGCAGCCGAAGUCGCAGUCGCAGUCGCAGUCGCAGUCGCAGUCGCAGUCGCCACAGUUAUCACAACCGCAGAGACCUUUCAAUAGCAGGCGCCCGGGCGACUCGGAGUGGGGUGGAGCGCAUCUACUCGAGAAGUAUUACGAAGGUGAGGUGCGGCGAGUGGCACAACGCGGGCAAAGGUUGCAGGAACGUGAGUGGCGUCUGAUGGAGCGGCAGUUGCAAGAUGCCCGAGCAGCAGAGACUCGGGCAGUUGAAGAGGCUCGAGCCACAGCGGAACGAGUGCGGGCUCUGGAGGGGCAGUUACACGCAGCUCAGCAGGCGCUCGCGGGUGUGUCCGCUUCAGGUCGCGAAGCGCUAGAGGACUUACAGCUGCGUGAUCGGCAGGUGGAGGUGCUUUCCAUUGAAGUGGAGCGGCUGCGGAUGGAGAACAUGACUAUUGCUGUGGAGCGCCGGAAGGUUGAGUCUCUCAUGAAGGAGCGUGUUGGGGAGUUGGAAGCCGCAGCGGAAGCUAGUAGGCAAACCGAGGCGACACUGGCUGCCCGCCUGCAGGAGGCACAAUACGAACUGAGCGGUCAUCACCAGGUGCUGAGAGAGCGGGAUGAAGCUCUCUGUCGUGAGUCACAAAGUCAUCAACUUGUAGAAGAGCGGGUUGCGGAGAUGGAACGCCAACUUAAAGAGGCAACGAGCUUGGUGGAUGGUGAGCGACAAGAGGCCAGGAGACAGGCAAAGAGGCAGGCGAAGGCGCUUCAGCAGUCUCAGGCCAGGUGUGAAGAGCUUCAGCGUCGUUACAAGGAAAAGGAGCGCGAACUCACAGAGCAGGCGGAACGCUACGAAGAAAUUCUCGCGGCACGAGAUGCCUCCGCCGCUUCGACCACCGCUCAGAUAGAAAAGGAAGUCGACGGUUACAGACGGCAAUACCGAGAGCUCCAGCAACAGUUGCUUCAAGAGCGUGUUGCCAUGGCCGCAGUUGCCGAGACGCAACGGGCCGAAGUGUUGAGGUUGCGUCGGACCUUAAAUGCGUUGCAGGAGGAGUUGUUGUUAGAGGCAGAGGAUAGUCGCGGAAGCUUGGCGGCCUCCCGAAAGCACUUGCAGGGAGAACUUGCACGGGGUCGGCACGCAGAGGCACUUCUACGAGAAGCGAGCGCAGAGGUGGCAAGGCUGCGGACAACUGUUGCAGACUUGCAGCAGAAACAGCAUGGAUCGGAGGGAGUACUGCAUGAUUCGCCAGCUCAACUGAGCCCCAAGCAAAAACAAACUAAAAAGCAGAGGCAGAAACAGCGGCAACGGCACGACCCACCACUCCCCGAAGAUGAACCAGUUCCGUUGCCUGGUGACACCACGAGUUUGCUCUUAAACGAGUGUGACGACGUUAAUAAUGAUGAUAGGUCGACUCAUCAUCAUGAUUCAUACCACUGUAAUGGUGGGGGGCAUAACCCUCAACAGUUCCUGUUUCCUUGUAAAAAGGGUGAUGAUGGUGAGGAGCGAUCUCCUAGUGUGCGCAAUGGUACCGUGCCCCAUGCAGUUGACAGGCCCAGUUCUUCGCUAUCACGUGGUGAGCAGGAGAAUGCGCAGGCGAACGGAGAAACUGCGCCGUCACCGGAACCAUCGUACACCUGCACGGAAUCGGCGACAUCAGAUCUUGUUAAGUGCAUAGAGGAGCGGUUGGAACCGCACCUGGCUGCGUUGCAGACAAAAGUAGUCGAUGCGGUGAGUGCGCUCACGUCUGCUGGGGGUUAUGGAGUGCCGGAGGAGCAGCCCCAACAGCCACAUGACGACAAGUACCAACUGACGCAUUUAGUCAACUCGCCACCCACACGACGUGGCACAGCGCCACAAGUGGCAGAUGCAGCUCUUACGCUGGGCUGCGUGGUGAAGCUCCUCGAAGCUGUAUCCACGCUAAAUGUAGUCUUGCCGUACUUCGAGUCUCUGUCCUAUCAAGCAGCUGCCGACGGGGUGCUUCGUGGCAUGGAUAAGCGGUUGGUAGAGUGUUUGCAGCAACAGCAGCGGUUACUGCGCUUCGCCAUGCAGAAAAUAGAUGAGGGACGAGGGCAAGGGGGGAGUCCACCCGCGUCCAAUGUGUUAUCUGCUUCCAACGUUGCCAUUGGGGAUCCGCUCAUCCCUGCAUUAACAGUGGCUUUGGAGGAGCGUCUCGAGACAUUGUUAGCCAUGGCUGACCUCAGCAACUGGGCGGGGCCUUCGUCAGACCCUGCGACGGUUUCUACGCACCCGCAGUUUGAAGAAGCUGGCAACGCUUCGGUGUCCGCAGAGCCGAUGGCGUUGAGGCAAGUGACUCCGUCGUCACGUGAUGAGGAUCACGCGUUGCAACAGCUCGGGCCGGCACAGUCGCCGUUAUCGCCCCCCAGGCGGUCGCGCACUGGUGAUGUGCGGUCUCGACACACUUUUGGCGCUGUGGGCGGCAGACUUGAAGUGUCGGAAAGUGGCGCCGGCAUCCGCCGAUUGCCGCUGCCCUCUGUUGUUGACAUCAUAUCUUGUUCAGCACUGGGUGCGCUUAAUCACAAGAGCUUCUCGAUGGAUCAUCGUGCAGCUCCAGCCAGCGCACUUUCAUCAUGCUCUCCGCCGUGUUUCACCUACACCAUAAGAGCUGUUGCACCUUGCACUAAUCUUCUUGUGGGACUUUCUGACGCGCAGUUGCCCCUUGAGGUGUUUUCCCCGGCGCUGAACUCCUUGUCAUACCCAAACUGUUAUUUCCUUCACUUGGGUCGCGGGACGCUGUAUUGCCCUCGGCUCUCCAUGGCUGAUGUGCCGUAUCCUAGUUUUAUGUGCUCAGGCCCCAUACUCGUGGAUGAGGAGGUUACGUGUGUUCUGGACGUGGCUGCCCGGACCAUUCGGUUUGUGCGGAGUGGUGUGGACUGUGGCGUCGCCUUCAACGAUGUGGAGGUUUCGCUUCCACUCUGUCCAGCGUUUGAGUUUGACUCGAGCGGUGGUGCCAUUGAGUUCAGGUAA